AUGACUCCUACCGCUACCACUCCUAAUGCUCCACCUCCUUCUGCACCUCCUUCUGCACCUGCAUCAGCUCUUGCCAGUUCAUCUGAACCCCUGCCGAGAACUCAAUCAGAUCCUUAUUCGACGCUCCUCGGUGUCCACGUUCCAAACUACCCAAGCGAUGCAAAGCUAACCAAUGCAGCCAGACAGGCCGUCGUGAAGCGUGGAUCCGAUGCCGGAUUUACUAUUGAUUCCAGGAAAGUACCCUGGAAGUCGUUAGACAGCAUGAUGAGGACAGCCAGAUUUACAGUCGUGAACUACCCGCUGUCGGUCCUAGCGCCCUGGGACCUACCACCCGCUGCCGCAAGUAAGGGUAUUGGAGGACUUAGUAAAUCUUCCCGCAUGCUCAUCGUGGCUGCAUGCCACGAAGAUUGUCAAUAUCGUCUCACAUUUGUUUCCCAUCCUGAUUCCGAUAUCAUAAACAAUGUAGUUCUGAUACUCUCCUAUGCACCUGAUUGUGCAAACAAGAUUCAUCAAGUCUUUUAUCGUGAUCUCCCGGAUCUCGAAGAGCGGGGUACGCGUGCCAAGGGCAAGGUUAGAAAGGGGAAGGCUAAACUGAGUGCCGAGAUGGUCUCCGACUCAGAGGUGGAUGAAGAAGAAGACCAACUCAUCAACGACAGCACGCCGACCAACAUAACGUGGCAAGGACAAAUUCAUGAGGAUGAGACACCUACUGCCCGACCUCAGCGUGUCACACGCUCCAAGUCUCAGCCACCUAGAGCGUCUCAGAGCGCUUCCACUACCGGUCGAGCAAAGUCCCAGGCACCAACUGAGUCCCCCAAGAAGGUUUCGUGGGAGGAGCCAUUGUCAGCCAGAAAAUCGAGCUCUAAGCGUGCUACGGGAUCCAAAAGUACUACGACCGCCUUGGAUGACAGUACCCCUGCAUCCACGGCAGGUGACGGUAUAUCAGAGGCCAAUCUCGGGACUGGGUUUACGGCUCUCCAUUCUAUCAGUAUCCUCUGGAGCAAGUCCGAUCUCAAGCCACCAAUUUCAGCAAAUGAUCUCGGCGAUGCUAUGGGUAGCAAGCGACAAUCUCCUUCCCUCGUGGACGAGGGCCGAGCAAAGAAAGUUCGUCUCAAUGACAGUUCCUCUGCUCCCCAGCCACCAUCCACUCCUCAACCACCAUCCAUUCCCCAGUCCCUAUCUGCUACAGGACCUACUGGACCUCCAGUAGCUGGGAUACAGCACGCCUCCACAACGUGGCCGAGCGCUCCUCAACCUCAUCUGGCACCGCAUCCGGCACCACAUCGGUCCCUUCCCCAUCAGCAAAUGGAGGUCCAAUGGCCCUCCAACACUUUCUCCCAUGUGCAACAACAUGCCGUUGCUACACCACCACCUCCAGGGUACCCGUUCAUGCAACCCCCAGCACCGCAGGUACCCCCCGAACAUCUCCGUGCAUUAAUGGCCAUGGCAGCAGCCUCUGGCUUUCACCUCCAUCCAUACCCCCCUGCCGGCCAUCUGCCGCCUUCUGGACAAGCUGCCAUCUACGGAAGUGGACACACGUAUCCUGGAUCCGGAGGCCUUAAUCCCGGGUAUACAGCAUCGAGCUCCACUGGCACCGUGUAUCCGGUCCCUAAUGCUGCAACGUCCUCGGAACCUUCAGAGACUGGCUCUAGCAGUAUCAAUGGAGGUGAUGUCCAGUAUCGGUGGGGAGGAAAUGCCAACUGA